GGUGGUGCCAGAGGUCAAGGCGCCUUCAGAGAAGCCCGCUGAGACUGGUGCGACAGCUGUGCCGCCAGUGCAGGGUGAAAUAGGGCAGGAGAAGGAGGACAAGGACGCAGAAGAGGAGAGGGACGAUGCAUCAAUGGAGGCGCACCCUUCUACCUCGCCUGUAUAGCAUCAUCAUUGCCUCACACUGGAUACAACCUUACAAUACCACCAUGAGCACCUUUGCCGCACAAUCAUACUUUUGCCCAAUCGUCUUUGCGGAGUUGCCUGGAAAUCAGGGUCCAUGUGGAGGGCAAUCUCGUCUGCGAGAAUUGUGGCGCUAGAGUCCUUCCCGCUCUUGACGAUCUAUUCUCCAGAUUAUCAACUUCCCACUCAUCGUCCUGGGUUCCAGCUUCGCAGUAGCUAUGCUUCCACUCCCCUGGUCUGCGCUACUGAGGGCUCCGAGGUUAGGCGCAGCUGGGCCUGCCGGUCUACCUCAAAGGAUUGCACCGACAAUUACGAGGCUCAACUCGAGCAGCAGUACCACAUCUCCUUUCAACAGCAACGAUGUCGCCGACUGCCCUACCAAGUCCGAGGCCGCUCAACCCACCAGCACUGCUUCUCAGCCCUCCACCGAGCAGUCAGUCGGCACAGAGCCUGCGACCGAGCCACCAAAGCGCAAGCUUACCAUUGCAGAGCAGGAUGCGCUGGCUUUCAAGCAGCUGGACGAUCGAGAGGGCUCAGGGGCGGGCAACGAGAUUCUGGAUGGAGAGUAUGAGAAGGGAAUGACGAGGAAUACGAGGAAGAAUCAAUAUAGAGUCAUUUGAAAUUCGGGAAACAGCGCUGGG